AGCUCUCCACACUCCCAUCUCUCAGGGACACGGCAGCAUGAAGUCGGUGGCCGCCCUUCUCCUGGUGGGGAUGCUCAUCCUCUGGACAGAGCUGCCAACAGGCAGCGCCUGGUCCUGCCCACCCGUCCGCUUCACCUGCGCGAUGGCCAACCCACCGAACAGGUGCUCCAGCGACUGGCACUGUCCGCGGAACAAGAAGUGCUGUCAGACCUUCUGCGGGAGGAAAUGCAUCUCGCGCUUCCCUUCCCCUGCCAUUUCAUACGUGUGAGUUUCUGCUCCCAGGACAGACUGAGGGCCUUCUCAGCAUCCCCAUGCCACCCUGGCACCAGCCAGCUGCCCACGCCUCUGCUAAGGCUUGUCCUGCCCGGCACCAGCUCCUGGGAGGACAGCGACAGCCACCAGCCCACGCUCAGAGGCCACCUCAGCUCCAGGACCACCCCACUGACAUGCUGCCUGCUCAUCCUCUCCCUCCGCUUCCCUGCUGCUGUUUUAACAAAUAAAAGAUUUUGUCCCAGG